AUGGCUGCUGCGUCUAGUCCCGGGCUCCCUCACAGCCAACCUCACCAUUCAACCCCUUAUGCCAAACCUUGGAUCCACACAGCUGCUGGGAUCGCACUAUCUCUCUCUGGGCUGGGGAUCCAAAAGGGAACACACCCUACAACCUGUCCAUAUACCCAGAGGGGCUCCCUGGGAACAGAGCUACCGAGGGCCCAUGGACCUACCUCACAUAGCAGGGGGACCCAUGGACACAGGGAAAAGACCCACGUUUCAGCCUGGGCUGGAGGUUCUGUGCGGCCACAACACUACCACUAUGGACUCACUCAACAACAG